CACACACACUGCUGUGGAACUUCCUCACCCUGGCUGCCUGACUUAUCAUGAAGUGACUUGAAGUUAUUGUGAGUCAGAGAGCCCAGGCCUUCUUUGUCAGACAACAAGCAGAAGCGUCUCCGCUGGCCAGGCGAGUCUCCUGCAAACAUCUGAGAUGGAAUCUCCAGGAUACGAGGAUGACGAUAAUUACACCUUCUGUGUGAUGGACGAUUACAACACACUGGGGGCUCGUCUAUCCAUCCUGUACUACUUUAUGUUUCUCUUCAGUCUCUGUGGAACUGUGCUGGUUCUGGUCAUCAUCUAUCGGUUCGAGAAGCUAACCACUGUGACCAACAUCCUGCUGCUGAACCUGGUGCUGUCGUCCCUGAUCUUCAUGAGCAGCCUUCCCUUCUUAGGGGUGUACAUGCAGCUCGAUGACUGGAUCUUCGGCAAGGCUAUGUGCAAGAUUGUGUGCAGCGUCUACUAUCUGGGCUUCUCCAGUUCUGUCCUGUUCCUUACCCUUCUGACCUUCGACCGACACCUCGCUGUCGUCUACUCCUUGGAGGCCCCGCGAGUGAGGAACCGAGGUUACGCGGUCAUCUCCUGCGCCGUGGUGUGGCUGAUCAGCAGCCUGGCGUGCAUCAAGCCGAUGGUGUUCCAAGACCUUUAUCGAGACAAUAUGAUUAACAAAGCCCGGUGCGAGGAGUGGGGUGGAAAUAACUUAACCGAAACUACGGUUUACCAUCUGAGAAAUGCUGAAUUUUACAUUCAGCUUAACCUUUUCUUGAUCUUCCCUCUCGUGGUUAAUAUCUACUGUUACCUUAGGAUCACAAUCACUGUCCUCUCAUCCAGGAUAAUCGGCAAGUACAAGACUGUCAGACUCAUAUUCAUCAUAGUCCUGCUGUUUUUCCUGUGCUGGACUCCAUUCAACGUUGCAGAGCUGAUGAGCGCUGAUGGCUGUGAGCAAAAACAGAGAAAGGCUUAUGCAUUACACAUCACCCGUAAUAUUGCUUAUAUGUACUUUUGCCUCAGUCCCAUCCUCUACACAUUUGUGGGGAAAAAGUUCCAAAACUACUUUAAGCAGAUUGUGGUGAAACGCUUCCCAUGUUUAAAGAGGCAGAUCUAUUGCCAUCAAAUCAGCAGCAGUAACAAUAGGUCCACAAAAACUACACCCAAUUAUCUUUAGGCGUAGGGUGCCCUUUAUUCCUCAGCACUGGUUUGUGUUCUUAAAAGCAUGGGUUUUAAAACUAGAGAAAGAAGUCCCUAGAUCCCUGUCGGUCCUGGUGUUAACAUCUGUCCUGAGUGAUGUGAUCACAAGUGGACAACUCCAAGCACAGGUCAGAGCACACUGAGGAUGCAUCACUUAACUCAUUCACACUCGUAUUCGUAGAUGGUCUGGGACAUGUGAGGGAUCACCUACUCAGCUGACGUCCCUGACCCACUACAGUUUCAUUAGGAACUGAAAAUAUUUGUUGCACCUCUUAAUGUUUCACAUACAUUUUAUUAUUUGUGAUCAAUGCUACGAUAUUUACAUUGGUCUAUGUAAACACUCACACCGACAGUGACACACACACAAUGAAUUGUGUCUUAGACUUAUGCUAACCUUAAGCAUUAUCAAUUGUCUAACUAUUAAAACUUAGAACACGUCCUCAGCAUGAAAUUUAUUUUUACUUUUUGGUUGCAUUUUUUAAAAUCCCACAUAAUAAAACAUUUGAACAACAGGUAACCAGUCUUUUAUUGCAACUUGGCGGUGAUGGUUAUG